UGCAAGCAUAACACCAAAUUUGGUUAAUAUCCCAUUUCACUGCUGCCGAAGCCCUUGCGGGAGCCGCGCACAGAACCGCGGCGGGGCGGCGAGUCGCACACCUAUAAAGCGCGGCACAACCCCCUAGCGCCGGGAGCCGCCACCGAGCGCUGCCGUGGAACAGCAGCCCCGCCUCACCGUCGGCUCUCACUGAUAGAUGGCGGCGGGGGAGGUGGAGCGGUCGCGGGGCGGAAGUGACGCGCUCAGAACGCGCCGGCGGGGCGCAGCUCGGCUCCCGCGGGCGCUGCGCGGCGGGAGCGGCAGCGGCAGGCUUUGAUUAGUAUUUUAGACUUAUAACACACAUUUCUCUGGAGCUGAUGUUUUCCUAACACUUUCAGCUUGGCUUAAAAAGCUAAAUUGCUGGAAUGUUUUAAAGGGUUAAAAACUCACUAGGAUUUGAAGUUAAUUUAAAUUAAUCGAAGGAAUUACUUCUGGCCUCACCAAAGAAAUAACUGGAAUCAUGGAUCAGAACAACAGCUUGCCGCCCUAUGCUCAAGGCCUAGCCUCCCCUCAGGGUGCAAUGACUCCAGGAAUUCCCAUUUUUAGCCCAAUGAUGCCAUAUGGCACAGGACUGACACCCCAGCCUGUCCAGAGCACCAACAGUCUGUCCAUCCUAGAGGAGCAGCAGCGGCAGCAGCAGCAGCAGCAAGCAGCACAGCAAUCUACAUCACAGCAAGCAACACAGGGAACAUCUGGUCAAACUCCCCAGCUCUUCCACUCACAGACUCUGACCACAGCCCCUUUACCAGGAACCACACCUCUGUACCCCUCUCCAAUGACUCCAAUGACUCCCAUAACUCCUGCAACACCGGCGUCCGAGAGCUCUGGGAUAGUGCCGCAGCUACAGAAUAUUGUGUCCACCGUGAAUCUUGGUUGCAAACUUGACCUAAAAACUAUUGCGCUUCGUGCCCGAAAUGCUGAAUAUAAUCCCAAGCGUUUUGCUGCUGUUAUUAUGAGAAUAAGAGAACCACGUACUACUGCACUUAUAUUCAGCUCUGGAAAAAUGGUGUGCACAGGGGCAAAAAGUGAGGAGCAAUCCAGACUGGCAGCAAGGAAGUAUGCAAGGGUUGUUCAGAAACUGGGUUUUCCUGCAAAAUUUUUGGAUUUUAAAAUUCAGAACAUGGUGGGCAGCUGUGAUGUGAAAUUUCCCAUCAGAUUAGAAGGACUGGUACUCACACAUCAGCAGUUCAGCAGCUACGAGCCAGAAUUGUUUCCUGGCUUAAUCUACAGAAUGAUCAAGCCAAGAAUUGUUCUGCUUAUUUUUGUUUCUGGAAAAGUGGUUUUAACUGGUGCUAAAGUACGAGCAGAAAUCUACGAAGCAUUUGAAAACAUCUAUCCUAUUUUAAAGGGAUUCCGAAAGACAACGUAACAGUUUCUACAUCUUUCAGAGAAAUCGGGUAUAUUUUAAAAGGUAUUGCGUAUGGCACAGCAGUAACAAUAAAUGGACUUCCAGUGAAGCUGUAACACCAGGUCUUGGACUAUUUCCCAGUCAGUGCCUACUUCCCUGAUGCUCAAGGGGAUCUGUAUUCUUGAUUAUGUCUACUGAGUUACUGUGAGUUGCUUUACUGGGCUGUUCCUGGAGCAGUCCCUCCAAGUUUUAUUUAUAUUUUAGCUUUCGAAUAGUUUUAAUGCCAGUUCUAUUAAUAGAAAAUCCGUAAGUUGGUUUAAAAAACAAAUGCAACUGUGUCACUCAGUGUAUAAACCACUUAAAUGGCCAUGUAUAUAUGUUUUAACUUCCUUCCAUAUGACCAUAGUUUUUAUAAUUUUCAGAACUUAAGCUUUUAAAUUUUUUCAAUUUUAAAUUUCUUUGGUGCCAGACACAUUCCCUCUUUCCAGUAUUAAGCAAGACACAAUAAAUUUAUUAAUGAAAGUGGCUCACUGUACAUAUAUAUAUAUAUAAUACAUACCUUCUCUUUCCUCCUUCAGCUCCACAUGUACAAUAAACCCUGUUUGUACAGUUAUGGGACCUGUCGUAAUGAAUUUUAAAACUACCCAGCUGGUAGAGUGAAAUACAUUGAAAACUUUUAAAUUUAAUCUGGAUUUUUCAAUAGCACAUGCACUACUGUAAGUGACUUGUCAUUUUGAGAGAAUCGGAACAAUGCUCUGGCUUGCUUACCAGCAGUUGCAUCCUUGGCAACGUCUAGCUUGACUUUCUAGUACGCUAAAGCAAAAGCAAUGACUGGUUAAAGAAGUGUGUGUUCAGGCAUGUGUUGCCUUGUGUUCAACAGCUGGGAUUUAUGCAAGUCUUAAAUAGUUACACCUGACUGAAUUGGAACAAAAGAUCCCUGCUUAGCUUCUAGAAUGUCUUCAAAUUACUACUUUUGUAUUUUACCAACUAUGACAGUCUCACUAGAUUAGUGUUCCUGUAAAAUGUCAAAGCCCUUAUGAUUACAGUCAGUUUGUACAUAAUCUUCCCGCUGAACUGUCCUUGAAGCGGAACGAGCUGAGAACUAAAAAUAAACUUUUUUUUUCUCCAGUA